UCAGCUGACGACGUCCUGGCAAGCCACUUGGUCUUCUUAUCACGUGACAUUACACUUCAGUGCAAGGAGAUUAAAAAACUCCUUGCUUCAGUGUUGUUGACAAACAUGGCGGUAAUAGUUCGGCAAACUUUUUCGGAGUUAUGCAUUUCUAAGUGUUGUAUGCUAACAAGUCGGAUGAUUACUUAAAAGUCGGAGUGUGUGUUACUGGAUUAUAAUUCUUAUUCUGAGUGAUUCUGUACCGCAAGUUUAUAGUAUGGCGAGCGGUGAUUCUUCAGCAACUAUCGAUACGACGGGUGAAUUUCUUCGGUCGUUUUCUGUUGUGAGAGCCGGAGAAUCUGAUUCUGACUCGGACUUCGACGAACUUUCCCCGAUUCCUGAAACCCCCGGAGAAGGGUUGGAUUUUACAAAUGCGGACAGCAUUGAUGAAGG